AAUAAUGGGACGCGGUUUGGGCACUCACCUCCACCACGGGUCCAUCGAUGCCCAUCUGGCAUCACACAACGUCCCGUUAGGACGCCGAUGCCUCCGACAGAGGAAGAGGAAGGAGAUGGUGGUAACUCUGUGCAGUUUGCACCACGAUCCAUCCGCUCGGUUUCCGACCCCCUUCUUUCCUGAUCGCAACCUCCCCCUCGGCGCGACCUCCCCUGGCUCCAACACAGGAGUCGGAGUGGGAGGGGAGCUCAGCUUUCCCCACCACCUUUUUUUGACUCGAUCGAUUCGCGGCUUUGCUGGCCCCAAUUAACACCCACAAAAAGCAAAUUACGUAUAAAUAAAACGAUGGUGGAGUCUGAUCCUUUUCAUCACCACUCAGACUCAGCAUCCAACACCAAUCCCACCGCUUCCUCCUUGCUUCUCCACUAAGGAAGCCGGCCAUGGCCAUGGCUGUCAUCACCCCCAAAGGAGGCAGCAGCAGCCCCGCCUACGUUGCCAAGCCGCCUCCGCCGCCGCCGGGCUUCCACAAGACCGCCGCUGGGUACGACUCCUACAACGGCCGCGCCACCACCACCGCCGCCGCCGCCGCAUCGGAGUCGGACGAACGCCGGGCGCUCGACGGCAUCGUGCUGGCGCUGCACGCGGCCGCGGCGCUGCUGGCGUUCGUGGGCGUCGCGCUCGUCGCGUCGUGCCGCCACGGGGACUGGAUGGAGUUCGCCCGCUACCAGGAGUACAGGUACCUUCUCGGCGCAUCCGUGGUGGCCUGCCUCUACUCCGCCGUGCAGGCGCUCCGCAACUUCCGCCGCCGGACCUCGGGAGGCCUCCUCGAUUUCGCCGGCGAUCAGCUCGUGGCGUACCUACUGAUCACGGCGUCGUCGGCUGCGCUCCCCAUCACCAUCCGCAUGAGAUCGGCCGUCAUCAACAUCUUCACCGACGCCAUGGUAGCCGCCAUCAGCCUGGCCUUCGCCGCCUUUGCAGCACUCGCCUUGUCCGCCACCAUCUCCGGCUUCAGGAUCUCAUCAAUCUCAUACUAGCAAGCUGCUAUCACUCUACCAUCAUCCUCUACCUGAUGAGAUAUCGAGUAUGUAUAUUCCAAGCUUCAAACAAACAGAGGAUUAAUUAUAUAUAUUCGACGAAGCAACAUGCAUGUAAGAAUAUAGAUGCUCGCGUCAGUAUCACACAUAGCAGCUGUGGAUUGUUGUUCCAGAUCGAUCUGGUACGGUGAGAAUUCUUUGGAGAUAGAAACACAAACAAAUGCAGCUGCUUUGGAUGGGCCUCUUUAAUCA